UCAGCAGUAAUAGCAGUUAGGGCAUUGCCUGCUGACUACCAACAUUGCUGCUUUUAGUUUUGACGUCAGGUGAGUGCAGCACAGCGCGUCCCGGUGCAGCAUAGGGCGUCUGCUGGCUGGGCGCGCGCCUCUCCGCCCCACGUACACUGCAGUGAAGGUAACCUACCGGCCCGUUACUGCGGCGGAGCGGAGAGCUCCAGACACAGGGUCCGUCUGCAGCCGCUGCGGGCCCGGACGGAACCGGGAGUCAUGGCCGAAUCCAAUAUGCGGUGGGGGUUCCCCCGCCUGCGCCGGGCCGCGACCUCUUUUCCUGGCAACCUGCACUUGGUCUUGGUGCUUCGCCCCACCGGCUUGUUAAGCUCCACGCCCAGUCCCUCCUCCAGCACAGAUCUGGGCUUUCGCUUCAGUCAGGAUGACUUCCUGCUAAAGAUGCCAGUGGUGAUGCUGCGCUCGGUUGGUGACCUGCUGCGUUAUAUCGAUGAAAACCACCUGGCGUCAGAUUUUACUGCAAAGGUGGAAUAUUGUCAGAGUGACUGGGUCCUUCUACGAUCGUCCAUUGAGACCUUUGCGGUGACAGUGAAGGAGAUCGCCCAGCAGCUGCAGGGAUUUGGCUCUGAGCUGUCAGAGACCGAACUCCCAGAUGAAGCUAAUGCCAUUGAGUUCCUGCUUCACUCCCACACACAUCGAUACAGACAGAUGAAGGAUGAUAUCCGGGGGGUGCUGAAAGAAGGACGGCUGCUGCUGUCAAACCUUGAAACGCUUAAAGCUGCUAAAAGAGACGUUGCUGAGGAGAGGGAAAUACAAGCCGACAUGGAGACUGUUCAUAGGCUCCUGGCACAGCUUAGAGACAUGGAGGAGGCAUUUGAUGGUUUCUUUGAAAAACAUCACCUGAAGCUGCAGCAAUACCUCCAAAUGCUGCAUUAUGAAAGCAGCUUCCAUCAGAUGGAUGAGGUGCUGGAGCGGCUCUCUGCCCAGGAGAAGGAAAUCGCCUCUGUGGGAACUACCGUUGUUCAAACAGAGCAGCUACUUAAAGACCUGGACAGUCUGGAUAAACGUGCCCAGGAAGAGAUGACUCGUGCCCAGGUUGUGAUUUUGCAUGGUCACCAGUUGGCUGCUAACCACCACUACGCUCUGGCACUCAUCGUCCAGCGCUGCAACGAGCUGCGACAUCUCUGUGAUGUCAUCAGCACUGCCAUACGCACCAAGCGAGCUUCGCUGACCCGUACAAGAGACCUGCUGGUGCGCCUUGAGGAGGCUCUUCGUUGGUGUGAUGAGGGGGCUUAUCUGCUCGCCAGUCAGAUGGUGGACAAGUUCCAAACCAAAGAGGGAGCUCAGAUAGCGCUGCAGUACCUGAGCAGCCACCAGGAGAGGGCGCCAUCUGUUCUAAAAAACAGUCAAGACACCGUGAGCCUGGAGUUUGAAGCUGUACUCACACCACAGCUGAAGUCCCAGAUCACUAUGGUGAAGGACAAGCUGAGCUCGGUUCAGUGCAUGAUUAGAAACAGAGAGCAGUGUCUGAAGAAGCUGGCAGAUGUCCAGGUUCGACCCAUACAGCUGGUGGCGCCUCGGCCUGAACCGGAUCAGACCGUACUCCGCUGCAAGUCACCUCUCUUCUCACCAAAACACGGUGUCGACUUCAACGUUUUAAACUCAAAAUUCUCAUUUGAUCUGCUUCCUGGCAAAAGAGCUGCUAGGAGAAACAACAGCCCACGCAAGAUUGAGGUGAUGCAUGACUACCAAGGUAACCGCAGCUGCCUGUAUGGUCCCAACUCUGAAACCGAUUCAGAGGCAGAAGAUAAUCCAGAACAGGUCACAAGGCACGUUAUGAAGGAACUGAUAGCUACAGAGAGGAUCUACGUGGAUGAGCUGCUCUCUGUUCUUCUGGGUUACAGGGCAGAAAUGGAGGACCCCUCCAUGUCUUAUCUUAUUCCCCCGGAGCUGCGAAGCCAGAAAGACGUUCUGUUCGGCAACAUGCCUGAGAUCUACCAGUUCCACAGCAGGAUCUUCCUCCGAGAUCUCCAGGGUUGCCUGGAGAACCCAGAGAGGGUGGGGGCCUGCUUUCUGCAGCGGAAAGACAAAUUUCAGGUGUACGAGCGUUACUGCCAUAACAAGCCCUGCUCUGAGCUACUUUGGAGACAGUGUUCUGAUUCGCCCUUUUUCCAGGAGUGCCAGAAGAAACUGGACCAUAAGUUGGGCCUGGAUUCAUAUCUUCUGAAACCGAUCCAACGCCUAACUAAGUACCAGCUGCUGCUUAAGGAGCUUUUGAAACACUGUGUGGAGGACCAGUACCGCUGUGAGCUGCAGGAGGCACUUGACUCCAUGUUGGAGCUGCUGAAGUCUGUCAACGACUCCAUGCAUCAGAUAGCCAUCACUGGAUACCCGGACGGUUCUACUUUGCGCUGCUGUCUUGGGUUUCAGGGGGAUAUUAGCCAGCUGGGCCGCAUUAUACUCCAGGGGAGCUUCAGCGUGUGGAUCAGCCACAAACGGGCAGCGGUGCGAAUGAAGGAGCUGGCUAGAUUUAAACCCAUGCAGCGACAUCUCUUCCUUUACGAGCACGCCCUGCUGUUCUGCAAGAGACGAGAGGAGGACAGCCAUGACAUCUUCUACAGCUUCAAAUCCUGCCUCCGAAUGAGUGCGGUGGCGAUCACAGAAACUGUGAAAGGAGAUGUGAGGAAAUUUGAAAUCUGCUACAGUGGCAGAGAAGUUGUAUACAUAGUUCAGGCUCCUACCGUGGAGGUCAAAGUUGCCUGGCUGAACGAGAUUCAAAAAAUACUCUCCAACCCACAGAAGAUAUGUCAAGAUGAGGCUUCUUCUCUGCCGCUCACAGACAACUUCCUCUCUGACAGCACGUCAGAGAUGUGUGUGUCGUGGGACGCCGCGUCGGUGGGAGGCUGCUCAGCGUGUCUUCCUGUUCCUCACAGUUCCUCUGCGACAACCCACUCCCACACCUGCAGAGCGGAGGACUCCACACGUUCCAGCCCUGCCCAUUCAGAGCCUGUGGUUCACUCACCUCGACGAAGUUGGCCUGCUCCUGCUCACUCUGUGGCAAUUUGUGAGGGUCUGGAGGACUGGGGAGCCACAGACCUCUCUGCCUUAUCUGACUCAGAUGAGGAGGAUCAACCUGCCCCACUGGUGGCAGGCAGGUAUAGGGUGAUGGUAGAAAGCAGCAUGGCCAGCGCUGAUGACAUCAUCUUUAACUGUGGCGAUGUCAUCCAGCUGCUUUAUGAGGAUUCAUCAGGAGUAUGGAUGGUGAAGAAUAUCAGUCGUGGUGAGGAAGGUCGAGUUCAGUCUGAGGACCUGCACAGGAUUCUGGGAGAAAGCUGCUGAGAGCCAUUUAAAAGUUCCUUUCUGCCAGAAAACUCAUAUCAUCCUUUAAUCUGCUAAACAAAUGUGGCCGUUUGAUUCAUUCGAGUCAGACUGAAAAACAGCAUCAGCCUCCAGAGAUCUGUGACAGGUUCCCCAUCAGGAGCUGAGUAUUAAGGGACGGACCUCAGAAGACUGUUACAAUGGAAAGCACACAAGCCAUCACUAUCUACCUUCUCCAGCAAUGAUGCAGAAGAUUGUUUGGACCGGACCAGUUUGGUGGUUCCUUCUCAUACUUCCUAUGUGGACUUUUCUUUUAAAAUCAUAAAUGAUAUUUUCUUAUAAAAUAUUUAAAAAAGCAUAAUCAGAUGCUAUGGACGUAUCAUUUGUGUGCCAUAUAGCAAAACUGACCACUGAAGCUUCUGUUUGUGACGUUUUGUUUUGAGUGACGCCUGCUGUGGCCAUCUUUGACGUUAUGGGAUGUAUUCUUUUUACGGGUGAAGAAAUCACCUCAUAAAUUUUCUUAGAGCCCAUUUGCACUGGAAUAAGAAUGCACUAUAUAUUGAUAUAAAAUAUCAACCUCGCUGUUUUCACUGGGUGUUGGGGAGAUUUUUUUGCCAAUAGUAAUACAUGUAAAGCUCUAACUUUGAGCGCAGACAAAAUGUUUAAAGGUAUGGUGGAGGAUGUUCUUUUUCUGGGUGUAUCAUCAAA